CAUCUUUCAGUGAAGCGGAGACCUUAUGCCACUUGUACUGUUCGUUCUGUUUUCCAAUUUAUUAUCGGUCGUAUUUGGACGAUUUAUUGAUCGUAACGAAGCCGACUAUUAUGAAAAAAAUUGGAGGAAGAAAUUGAAUAAAAGUGUAUUUCCAACCGAGGUACUGCACCGCUCACUGGGACUCGAAUAUAUUAAAUAUCGAAAGAAGGAAUAUGCGAAAAGUAGAGAUUACGAUGUGCUAGGUCGGAUAAUACCUGGUAUAAUGCUGGAACACCCGACUGAACCACUGGUCUUGACGAUUACUGAUCCAGAUGAGCAGACCGUUCAUUUGUCAGUGACAGUAUGGGACAAAAACAAAGAUGAUGGCAAUCGGGAAACUGCAUCCAUGUUCGAAAAAAGCGUCGUAUCGCCGACCACCAAGUCCACAAUCCAAUUAUCCGAACACGUUGUUACAACAGAAAAUGAUUUGCUAAAGGACAGAGAGUUGAAAAGGAAUCCGGAGUCGAGUAUUGACCUAGAACAGCAGCCAAAUAUGAGCGGAACAUUUGAAGAGUUGAAUAUAACGGAAGUUUAUGAAGAACCAUUUAUCCGAGUUUAUGUGAAACCGCUCUGCAAAGGACCUACCUGUUAAAACCAGCUGGAUUCGGAACUGGAAAACUAAUUUAACUGUGUUGAGAUUUGAACUUACGAAUUGAAUUUUCUCAUCCUUUGCACUCACGUUUUCAAACAAGAAACUUUUUGACCAACAAAAAAGAAAAUCCGGCUGCAGGGUAAUAUGAGUCUGGCGUUGUCGCUUGAUAAAUAUUCCAUGUUACUUUACAACAAUCCCAUUAUAUAGAAUCAGUUAUUAGAUUAUUCUGCUUCCAUCUAAGUAAAUUAUUGAUGGCACAGUUUUAAAGUUCGAUAGAUUAUGGCGUUUUGGCCAGGAAUAAAGCUUCACCACAUCCUGCAUUUUGGAGCUUUGGUAAGGAAGAGAUUUAAUCUGAUCAGGUGAACUGCUAAUGUUGACUGGUGCCGCACAUCGCUAUCCUUGAAAACAGUGGUUUUUGUGAAGCUUACCUGUGUUAUGUAUGAGUUUCAGUCUGACAAGGUUACAGUGUUGCAUGCUAAGUUUGUUAUGUUUAAAAAAAAAGUGCAUAAACAGAAUAUUA